AUGGUUACUGAUGGUAGUCCUUGGUUAUCUUGGUGGGCAUGCCUAUGCGUUGCCUUUCUCUCGUCGUUCGCUUCGAUCCUUGUCACUAGUGACGCCUCAUGCUCGUCCUCAGUUAGUGGCCAGCCGGGAUAUGAGUAUGACGUCUUCCUGAGCUUCAGGGGAGAAGAUACUCGCAAGGGAUUCACUGAUGGCCUCUACACUGCCCUUGAAGGUGCUGGGAUCCGUGUCUUCAGGGACAAUGAGAGGCUCGGCAUCGGCAAGGAAAUUGGUCCUGAACUUCUGCAGGGAAUCAAGCGGUCUAGCAUCUCCAUACCCAUCUUCUCUGAAAACUAUGCAUCCAGUAAGUGGUGCCUCAAGGAGUUUGCCUUCAUGAUGGAGUGCAGGGAAGCAAGGGAGCAGAUCGUGCUUCCCAUCUUCUACGAUGUCACGCUGAACGUAGUCCAACACCAGACCGGGAGUUACGCCAGAGCCUUUCGACAGCACGCCAAAAAGCAAGACCCUGAGACUAUUCAAAGGUGGAGGAGAGCUCUUACAGGGGUUGGAUCUUUGAAGGGUUGGGAAUUAAAGAACGAGGCCAAUGGACAUCAAGGAAAAUUGAUUAAGAUGAUAGUCACAAAGGUUUUUAGGGAGUUGAAGAAGGCUCAUCUUUGUGUCAACAACAACUUGGUAGGGAUCGACAAUCACAUGAAAGCAGUCAUCAGAAUGUUGAGUGUCGAUGCGCCAGAUGUGAGGUUUAUUGGUAUUUGGGGCAUGGGGGGCAUUGGAAAGACGACACUUGCUAAGGUCGUCUAUCACCAGAUAUUGGAUGAUUUUGACAGUUGCAGCUUCCUACAAGAUGUACGAGAAACAUCAGGGCGCAGUCACAACGGUCUUCGGCAAUUGCAAAGUCAACUUGUUGCUGACCUCUUGAAGUGUGACCGCCUGGAGUUUGCUUCCAUUGAUGAAGGAAUAAGUGUACUCAAGCGUAGGUUUCGUGAGAUGAAGGUCCUCAUUCUUCUCGAUGAUGUUGAUAGUGUUGAUCAACUCAAAGCACUGGCUGCAGAACUUGACUGGUUCGGCCAAGGGAGUAGAAUCAUCAUCACCACUAGAAACAAGGGCGCUUUAGAAGUCCCUCAAGAGCAUCGGGUCUAUGAAGUAAAGGAAAUGGAAAAAGAGCAGGCCCUCCAACUAUUUUGCAAGCAUGCCCUAAGAACAGAUGCUCCCACGGUUAGAUUGAGAUCUCUAUCAGAAGAAAUUGUCAAAAGAACCGGAGGUCUUCCUCUAGCUCUUGAAGUUAUUGGCUCUUUUCUGCAUGGGAAAAGUGAGGAUACGUGGAAGGCAACAUAUCAGAAGUUGAAGAUAGUGCCGAAUAAGGAAGUCGAACACAAGUUGAGGAUUAGCUAUGACGCAUUAGAGCACGAACAACAACAAAUGUUUUUAGAUAUUGCAUGCCUUUUCAUCUGGGAAGAUAAAAAGACAGUAGCUCUCAUGUGGGAAGAUCAGUAUAAAUUUUCUCUGGAAGCUGAUAUUGAAGUACUCCAACUAUUGUCUCUUAUUAAGAUUGGAGGGGACAAUACGCUAUGGAUGCAUGAUCAACUUCGAGAUCUUGGCAGGGGAAUUGUUCGGCAAGAAAACCCUAAAGAACCAGGGAAGCGGAAUAGGUUGUGGGGCGAUGAAGCAGUUGAUGUGCUGCUGAACAAUCGGGGGUCAAAAAAUAUAGAAGCCAUCCGACUGGAAUAUCAGAUUGGGUUGCAGUGCUGCUGUUUUAUGCCUAGCCAGUUUAGGAAGCUAUCAAAGUUGAGAUUUCUCCAACUAGACUGUGCUAAUCUUGCUGGCGAUUUUGAGAAUCUUCUACCAACCCUGAGAUGGCUUCGGUGGAAAAUACCUUCACUCAACUGCACAACAACAAAUUUGAAUGUGAAGGACCAACUCAUCCUUGAUUUGUCAAAUAGCAAGGUCACAAAUAAUUGGAAUGCUUGGAACUCAAUUCAGGUCUCUGCUAAUACAUUGAACUCUCCAAUUGAUAAUGUUGUCUAUGGCAAGUUCAGCAAUACUUACCAAUUGUUUUGCAGAUGA